UUAGAACACAAAAUUUUGUGUUUACUUAUCAUUAGCUUUUUUUCUUUUAUUUGAUUUUAACAAAUGCUUGACGGUUUAGGAAUUAGUUUCAAGUUUAAAGCCGGCUUAAUAGAUGUGAAAAAAAGAAACUUAAGAAAAACGGCACGUAGUAGCCAGAUAAGCAGCGAAACAAUAACACACAGAGUGUUAUGUUUGUAGAAAAAAAGUGCGCUUAAAGAAAGUUUUUGUUUAGUUUUUUGUUUUCUUUGGUUUUUUUUUUUUUUUUUUUUUGUGAAUCAGUUUUAACUCUUUUUUGUAACUCAAAGACGAUAUUCGAGAGAAAAAGAGGGAUUCUAAGAAUAAAACUUGUUAAGAAUUAAGAAAAGAAAACACCACUAGUGAUACAAUUUUGGAAAUCAGUAAAAAGUAAACUUUGUUCAUUUUUUUUUUUGUUUUCAAAUAUUUAAAUGACUUUAAAGCCUGAGAAGACCUUUAGAAUGAGAUACAGAAAAAGAUCUGUCGAAUUGAUUGCCUUGCUGGUCAUAUCGUGCAUAUUUUUCCUUUUUUGUAUGCAUACAAAUAAACUCAACAGCCGCCUUAAGGAGAUGGAAAUGAAAUUACAUCCCUCAGAAUUUUCAGCACUUGGUCUAACAGGCGACGGUGUCGGUGUUGAGGUUGGCGGCAGCAGUAGUGGCAGCAACAGCAAUCAUCUGGACUCAUCCAAACCCGAUAAUAUUAACACUUUGCAUAGGACUUAUCAGUAUCUAAAGAGUACCGGACAGAUGCAAUCAUUAAACGUCUAUGACUUGAAUAAUACCCGCAAAGCUAAAAUGGAAUUGGUAUUUUUCAACCGAGUGCCCAAAGUUGGUAGCCAAACAUUUAUGGAACUUUUGCGUCGUUUAUCUGAACGUAACAAUUUUCAAUUCAACCGCGACGCGGUACAAAAAGUUGAGACCAUACGUUUGGCUGAAGAUCAACAACAGGAAAUGGCCGAAGUUAUUAGCGAUUUACCAGUACCUUCAGUGUUCAUUAAACAUGUUUGCUAUACAAAUUUCAGUAAAUUCAAUUUACCUAUACCCAUCUAUAUAAACGUAGUACGUGAUCCCGUGGAACGUGUAAUUAGUUGGUUUUAUUACGUAAGAGCACCGUGGUAUUUUGUCGAACGCAAGGCAGCUUUUCCCGAUCUACCGCUCCCGCAUCCUGGCUGGUUGAAAAAGGAUUUCGAGACUUGCGUUCUUUCCGGAGAUCAGGAAUGUACUUACACACAAGGUGUUAGUGUCGAGGGUAUUGGAGAUCACCGGCGACAAAGUUUAUUUUUUUGUGGUCACGCUUAUGAGUGCACGCCUUUUAAUACGGUGGGUGCAUUAGAAAGGGCCAAGCAUGCCGUAGAGAGUCAAUAUGCAGUAGUAGGAGUUUUAGAAGAUCUGAAUACUACCUUAGCAGUCUUCGAAAAGUAUAUACCGCGUUUCUUUCAGGGCGUACGGGAAAUCUAUGACACAAGCGCCGAAUAUCUAACAAAAAUUAAUAAAAACAAUUUUAAACCACCUGUUAGCGAAAAGGUGAAAGACAUUGUACGACGUAAUUUUACCAACGAAAUUGAAUUCUACCAGUUUUGUCGACAACGUUUACAUAAACAAUAUUUGGCGGCUCAUUUGGCACAAAAACAUCUACCUUAAUUUUCUAAAAGAGAUACGAAAGAAUAAAAAAUGCGUUGCUUUUUCGAAAGCAAAAUAUAUUAAAUAUGUAAUUUGUAAUAUAUGUAUGUAAUUAGUUAUAAUUUAGAAUUAGGCUUUAUUUCGUUGUGUUGUUUAAUUUUCUAGGCUUUUAUUUUAUAGGGGUCUGCACAUAACAGUAUAUUGAAUCAUUUUCUAGACAUUCGCUUCCUUUUUUUAGCUUUGACAACAUAAAUAAUUGUCCACUAAAAUUUGAAUACAACUUAAAUCAAAUAAAAUAAGACAAGCUUCUUAAAAGAAGUUUUUACUUGCCCUGAAUUACGCUCACUCUACGCCUUUAUGCCUCUCUUAAGCUGUUGGGGUCUAACUGCACUUCAACCCCAAUAUGAACAAGAAAAUUACCAAUAUCUUCGAAGUCUGUAGAAAUAUCUUUUCACGUUCAGCACACAUUCUUUUCCGUUCAAGUGACGAAAUGGAAGCUAUUGCAAACAACAAAUCGUGCCUUUCAUGUUUAUCUUCACACGUUAUUUUUUUUAUUUUACUGUUAUGUUGCCACUGCUAUUCAUACACCAAAAGUCGCUAUAUAAGCGAUGUAUACUAGGGUGACAAACACGACCGUUAACAGACCAAUUACAAGAAAAUCGUAAUUUACUUUCUAAUUAUGUACUUCACCAUUACAAGAUAGUAAUCUCUUACAAUUGGUUCUGACCUGAACAAAAUAGGGCGCCUGUGAAAAGACAAGAUAUUCCCUAGUUUUGAAAUGUCAUAGUUACAAAAAAAAGAGAAACGAAAACAGAGAGACAAAGGAGUUGCGGAAUUUUAAGAUUCACGCUAAGACGAAUCUAAUAUUCUUAUUAUUAGUUAUUUGUUUUUUAUAUUUGUAAAAAAAAAAAAAAAAAUUGCACAUAUUCAGUAUUUUUAUGAAAAAAUUUAACAGCUUUAGAUUUGUUGGAGCUUAGAAAAAAUGAGACUUUAAACUGUUAUUAAUGAAAAUUAAAAAAGAAAAUAGUUAUUAUUUUAUACUAACAGUGAUCUCCUAUUGUUACGUAUAUCUUUCUUUUUUUUUUUGCUUUUGUUAAAUGAGUUAUUAUUAUUUAAUAUUUAACAGCCGAUGUUACUAUUACA